ACCGUAACACAAAGAAUCAGUUUGAGACAUUCCAGCGUACGCAUCAACACGUAUCGCGAACAGUCACAAGCCAAGAUACACGCAUCCUAGAGCUCGAGACUAGUCGUGCUACCGACAAGAAGAGGAUCGCGCAGCUGGAAGCCUCUUUUAAGGAACAGCUCAACGAGCGCAAUAAUCUCUUGCUCGUCUUGUGGACGCGUCUCUCGGCUUUAUGCGGUACCGACUGGGCCCACGACAAUAGUCUCAUAAACGGGCGCGCUCUACCUUCGCUAGAGUCAGUAUCUACCAUGCUACCCGGCUUUGCUAAGAACCUCAUGGGCGCCGUCAAGACCAUCGAGUCUAUAGUAGGCAAUUUCCAAUCACGUAUUAAAUCGGUUGAGCGCGAGCUUUGGAAAGAAUAUCAGUCUCUCGAGAAUAGCCUCGAGGCUAAAUCUAAGAAGCUCGAGCGUCUUGAAACUAUAGUCCGUACCGGCAUCGCAGCCGGUACUUUUGAUGCGCAGGCCAAGAUAUCGCAGCUGGAGACUGCUUACCGGGCUCUUAAGAUCGAGAACGCUACUCUCCAGCGUGCAAACGAUGCGCGUACUCGCGGUUCCGGGUGGUCCGGCUCUAAGAAAGCCAGCAGCAACGGUUCACACGAAGAUCUUAUCGAAGGAGGUAGCCCUUCGCCGUCUGUCCCGACAGGGCCGCACCGUCGAGACUCCAAGAUCCCGCGUACCAAGACGAACGGAUUGGAGGUGAACGAAAAGACCAGGCCGGGUACUCUAACUCGAAGCGCGUCUACUUUGGGCGUAGUCGAAAUGGAACGACUGGGCACAUCUAAUAGCGAGAACAGUUCCGGUAAGAGUGGGACUGAUUAUCCGUGGAUGCUCAGAUUAAAAGAGCUCGAGCAAAAGCUCAAACAGGAAAGGGAAGCCAGGCACAUGGACCGGGCCGCGGCAAAGCAACGGAUACAAGAUAGCGAACGACAGAACAACGAGCUCGCCGCCGAGUUAGUCCGUGCCAAGAGAAAGGGUACUGGGGAGUAAUGUAUCGUCGCCAACAACCUAAACCACUCGACACGACGUGGGAAUUGUUACGGUUAAUAUCUUGAAAUAUAGGAAGAGAAGGCGAGGCAUCGUUCAGAGGACAAGGAGAAUUGUCGGAGUUCGAAGGACGUUAGGGCGUUCAAUACGAAUAUAUCGUACCUUGUAACUACCUACCUAGGAGGUACCUAUAUCGGUGCAUGGGCGCAAUGGGCGCGCGGCGUUCCUAUGGAAUGCGAUUAGUAGGAAUACGCAUUCGUGGCGUUUUUUUUUUUUCAAGGCAGUUUUAUGAAGCAUUUUCCCUGUAGGACCAGAUGCGAAAAGGGAGGACUAGUCAAAGUGUGUAACCGUUAUUGUUUACAAAGGUGGUUAAAAAUGAUUAAUGAUAUAUUACAUAUUUACAUCGAC